AUGUCCGUAACAGCUUCAAACACUAAACCCAACCCUUACAUCACACACUCGAGCGUAAUACGCUUCGGACCCGACCCAUUUACAGAUUCAACUGUCGACAACAAUACAACUACAACUGUUACUACUACUGAUACCUUACAUAGACCUUUCGAACGUCGGUAUACUCCCAUAUCACCGUCGCCUUUAGCACAAUCCGAAAUGUCUUAUCACACAGAAGAGCCUGUACUUGCCGAAUUACUUCCAAACCAACAACAACCAACACCACAACGUUUAAGUUAUUACAAUUAUAACAAUCGACGAGAACGAAAACGCACAUGUGUUGAGAAUAAUCGAAAAAAACAAUUUUUUGAUAAAAUUGACCAAUUAGAUUUAAGUGAUAUUUAUGGAGGAAUAACCUUGCAUCAUGAGAGUCCAUACGAUUGUGUUUUGCCAUACCGAAAUGGCAAUGCACAAGCACCAGUAUUAGCAUUCCAACAAAGUGAAGAAAAUAACUACAAUGAAUCAAGGCUGUCAUUCCAACCAAGUCAACAAUUCGACCAAGAUGUUAAUCCGGAACACAACAAGGAAGUGUAUCGUAAAUCUACUAAUAAUCGAUAUACUGCUUAUGAUCCGCUACAAUAUAUGGACAGUUUCUUGGAAGGCUCAACUGCAUACGGCAUACACCCCGAAGGCGAAGAGGAUAGACGAGGCAGCCGUUUACGAGAAAGAAUGAAUGUUUUUGAUAACAAGAAACCAAAUUCACCCAGAUUUUCAAGAGCUAUAUCGUCACCUGGAGAAGAAACUUCAAAACGUUACACUGGAUUAAUUGCUCCAACCCAAUUAUUUAAUAGGUUCCGACGUCCAUCUACUGAAGCAGGAGGUGAUGGUAUUAGCUCUAAUAAUAACUUACCGAAACAUGGACGAUCAAUUAGCGAUAGUAACAUGAAAUCGAGUCAAGCUAAUAAUUCCCCAUUACAACCAAUUCAACCUCGAUCUCGACAAGAAUCACAAUCACCUCCAUUACCUGUUCCAGAAUUUAGUUACUCAAUACAAGAUGAAAAUAAUAAUCAUCAUAAGUUACAACCAACACAAACCUCGAAUGAAUAUCUACGACCAAAUUCCAGGGAUUCGAAAAAGAAAGGAAAUAAUCGUACUUCUUGGGUGCAAAGAAUUACGAGUAUUGGUCGAUGA